AAACAACUCAUUCUGAUGACGUCACUGGGAGAGUUGUCAUGGCGUCUUUUGGACCGAAUCUACUGCUGCAAUUCAGCUAGAAUUCGUCGACAGUCGAUAAAUCGAAAUGGAGAAAAAUGCAGACGUGCAUCGAGACACUGUCGGGAGCACCACCAUCGGGGCGGACACUGGCGACGCUCCGACCGUGGGAGGCGUGAAAGGAACAGCCGAGAAAUGCACAAAUAGUGAGGCUUCUCUCAGUACUUUGCUUGAUACCGAUAGCUGUAAUAACAUCACCGCCGAUCAUCCCAGCACGCUGAUUGCAGGGAAGUGUGAAUCGGCGGACGUGGCCGAUGUCCUGCCUGUGCAAAAAGGAAGGAAGGACGUCGAGGAGCGCGGGUCCGGAUCCGGGGAGCAGAUCAGUAACGGGACGGGUACUGAGCCAGUCGUGGCCGCACCAGAUAAGGAAGGUGGUGCCUCAAAGUUAGUAAACAACCAAAGCGACGGGCCGCCCGCACCUCCCGCAAAGGAAAGCGCAGGUGUAGAGGAAAGCCACGUUUUGGCUUGUGAAGAAAGCGAACCGACUAAACUUGCCAAACCGACCUAUCUGUGCACAAUCACAGCGGACCUAAACGCACCACACGCCUUAUCCGAGGGACUGGCAAGUGGCAGCGACCCCGAUGCCAGUCUCGGUGGGUGCGAGUCCCGGAGCCUGGAUUCGCUGGAGUCCUUCUCCAAGCUCAACUCCUGUCCCAGUUCGGACUUGAACAGCGAGGGCCUGGAGGACCGAGGACUGGCCCUGGCCCUCCAGAACGAGUUCGGCCUGGAUGGCACCAAGGCUACGUGCGCCAAGGACCGGGUGGCGGGUCAGUCAAUUUACCAUAUAAAGUGGAUCAAAUGGAGGGAGGAGAACACGCCUAUCAUCACCCAGAACGAGAACGGCCCUUGUCCGCUUUUGGCCAUCAUGAACGUUCUCCUGCUUGCUUGGAAGGUUAAGAUGCCUCCUAUGAUGGAGAUUAUUACAGCCGAGCAACUGAUGGAGUAUCUUGGAGACUACAUUCUGGAGACCAAACCUAAAGAGAUUUCAGAGGCUCAGCGGCUAAACUAUGAGCAGAACAUGAGUGACGCCAUGGCAGUGUUGCACAAACUACAAACAGGCCUGGAUGUCAACGUGAAGUUCACAGGGGUGCGGGUCUUUGAGUACACACCAGAAUGCAUUGUGUUUGAUCUCUUGGACAUCCCUCUCUUCCACGGCUGGCUGGUCGACCCCCAGAUUCAUGACAUUGUCAAGGCAGUGGGCAACUGCAGCUACAACCAGCUGGUGGAGAAGAUAAUAUCCUGUAAACAGUCGGACAACAGUGAGCUGGCAGGCGAAGGUAUUGUGGCCGAGCAGUUUCUGAACAGCACAGCCACACAGCUAACAUACCACGGCUUGUGUGAGCUUACAUCCACCGUGCAGGAGGGCGAGCUCUGCGUCUUUUUCAGGAAUAACCACUUCAGCACCAUGAUUAAAUAUAAGGGUCAGCUCUACCUGCUGGUUACAGAUCAAGGUUUCCUCACAGAGGAGAAAGUGGUGUGGGAGAGUCUCCACAACGUCGACGGAGAUGGCAACUUCUGCGAUUCCGAGUUUCGGUUGAGGCCCCCGUCUGAUCCGGAGACCGUGUAUCGAGGACAGCAGGAUCAGAUAGACCAGGACUACCUGAUGGCACUGUCGCUGCAGCAGGAGCAGCAGAGCCAGGACCUGCAGUGGGAGCAGCUCCCUGGCAUCAGCGACCUGGAGCUGGCUAAAAAGCUCCAGGAGGAGGAGGACCGCCGAGCCUCGCAGUACUACCAGGAGCAAGAACAGGAGCAGGCGGCGGCUGCAGCGGCAGCAGCUGCAGCACAAGCGCAGGGUCAGCAGGACCCUGUGGAGGGAGACGAGGCGGACAGGGGGGCCGAUGGAGCUGGCGGCCCGGCGACCGGCGCCGGGACAGUCGCAGCAGCUGGCGCCACAGCUAGUCCGGGAAAACAGUCAUCAAGCAGCGAGCGCAAAUCCAAGAAGGAAUCUAAGGAUAAAGACAAAUGUGUCAUUUUGUAACAUAGAGUGUGUGUGUGUGUGUGUGUGUGUGUGUGUGUGUGUGUGUGUGUGUGUGUGUGUGUGUGUGUGUGUGUGUGUGUGUGUGUGUGCGUGCGUGUGUGUGCGUGUGUGUGCGAGUUUGGCGCACGAGGAGACACUAACAAGAGGAUUUGCUUCCCAAACCACUGGUGCCUGCUAUCCUCUAUCCUCAGCCGACGUCAAGAGGAAGGAUGACGACGACGAUGACGACGAUUUCCCCGCAUCUUUUGACCCGAGUCAGCUGACCUUUGUUACAAGUUGCACAGUGCACUAUAUCCGUCAUGGUGGCUAUCGUUUAUUAGCCGAAGACAACAUCAUCUCCACAAACACAAACACAGUCAUCAUGCUUUUCCUCCGCUUUUUUAUUCUUGCUGUAAAAAGUAAAAGUAGACCUGCUUACCUGUUAAGUGAGCUGUUGAUGCCAAGAUGAACUUUUUCUGCACAUUGCCAUUUUUUUUUAAACGUUAAAAGGGAUUAUUCUCCACAAGAGGUAUUAGGGCUACACUAAAGGAAAAAAAGAGAAUAAAAAGAGAAUAAAGUCAUACUAAUCCCAUCAUAAAGGUAGAAUUGCGAGAAUAAAAUCUAAAUCUAACAUGAAAAAAACAUAUACAUAUAUAAAAAAGGACAAAAUAAUAUUACAUAAUAAUAUUAUGUUACAAUAUUCAUAGUUUAUAAUAUUACUACUUUUGAAUUUACUUUAUUAUCUGCAAGAAUUAAGGCUUACUAACAAUGUUACAACUUUAUUAGGGUGAUAUUACAAGUUUUGGCUUUUACGCUCGCUUUUUCUUACACUUUUUGCAACUUUUUGAACCAUAUUUUUUCCCAUUUUACAUUACGACAUAUGUCUUAUUCUCAUUUUCCAUUUCAUUUGCAAUAUGACAUUUGUUACCUCAUCGACUCACCCACUUUAUUCAUGUCAUAUUAAGAUUAUAUUCUCGUAAUAUAUAUAUAUUUUUUUAGUUUCAUCACAUUUUGCCUUUUUUUUCUUUUUAACAUUACAAUUUAUGCUAAAAUUAUGACUUCAUUCUCCACACAGUUUUUUGUUCUUUUUAUAUUACAACCUUAUUUUUGUCAUUGUUCAUCUUUGUUCUUGGUUUCUUGUAUUUAUGUCCCUGUGAUUGACAGGUGCCCCAAAGUUAGCUGGAAAGGGCUGCAGCCCAUCCAUGACCCUAAUGAGGACAAGUACUUUUGACCAAAAAUGAAAUGAAUUGGUAAUGUCCCGCCCCCCCAAAAUGGGAUUUUUUUAGUAAUAUUGCAACUCUAAUCUUGUAAAAUGAUGACAUUUUUUCCUUUAAAUGUUACUAUAUUUUUCUCUCUGGGUGGCCCUAAUACCUAAUGUCUGUUGAAAAUGAAUUCUUUAUAGCGCUUUUUUGUGUUCUGCAACUGAGAAGGCUAUGUUUUGGUGAUGCAACAUACAGUACAUACAGUGCAUACUACAUACAUACUACAUACAUACAGUGGUGUGAAGUGUUUGCACCCUUCCUGAGUUUUUUUUUCUUUUUGCACGUUUGUCACACUUAAAUGUUUCAGAUCAUCAAAAUAAUUUCAAUGUUAGUCACGGAGAACACAACUGAACACAAAAUGCAAUUUUAAAAUGAAACUUCAACCUAUAGUACAUGGUCCUGUGUGAAAAAGUGAUUUCCCCCUAAACCUAGUAGUAUGUGGUUGGGCCAACUUUAGCAGCAUCAACUGCAACCAAGCGUUUGUGUUAACUUGCAAAUGAGUCUCUUAGAUCACUGUGAAGGACUUGUGGUCCACUUAUCUUUGCAGAAUUGUUGUAAUUCAGACACAUUGGAGGGUUUUUCCAGCAUGAACCACCUUUUGAAGGUCAUGACACAGCAUCUCAACUGAAUUCCGGCCAGACCAUGACACUACCACCACCAUAUUUUACUGUUGGUAUGAUGUUCUUUUUCUAAAAUGCGGCAGAGGUAAUGGGACACACACCUUCCAAAAAGGUUCAAUUUGUCUUGUCAGUUUACAGAGCAUUUUUCCAAAGUUUCUGGAAUGUUGGAACAUUCAUGUUGGAACUCUGCCAUUCAGGCUGUUUUUGCUGUCUGUCAUAUAGUGGAGUCAUGAACACUGACCUUAACUGAGGCAAGUGAGGCCUGCAUUUCUUUCGAUGUUGUUGUGGGGUCUUUUGUGACCUCUUGUUGAGUUGAUGUGCUGUUGGGGUAAUUGUGGUUAGUUGGAACCUUUCUGGGAAUGUUCACCACUGUUCCAUUUUUUUUUUGCCAUUUCUGGAUAAUGGCUCUCACUGUGGUUUGCUGGAGUCCCAAAGCUUUAGAAAUGGCUUUAUAACCUUUUCCAGAUUGAUAGAUCUCAAUUAAUGUCAGUUAUAUUUUAACAGGGAUUGCAAUCACUUUUUCACACAGGGCUGUGUAGGUUGGAUAAAACUGCCUUUGUGAUUUGUAUGAUGAUCUGAAACAUUUAAGUGUGACAAACAUGCACAAAAAAAUAAAAAACAGGAUGGGGUCGAACACUUCACACCACUGUACAUACUGUACAUACAGGUGCAGCUCAAUAAAUUAGAAUAUUGUGCUAAAGUUAUUUGAUUUCAGGAGUUCAGUUCAUACUAAGAGACCAAUUAAAGGCUCAGGAAGUUUUUGUAGUCCAUUUGCUUAACCAGUAGUUUACAAUAGUGAACCUUUUCACAAUUCUUGCAUUUUUUUAAAGCUGGAAAUAAUCAUCCAAAUUAUUGAUAAAUACAUAGAAAUAUUUCAUUGUGUGUAGUGAAUGUAUAAAACGUUAACACUUUCUGAUUUGAACAACUGAAAUGAAUGAGCUUUUUGAAGAUAUUAUAUUGGGAAGCACCUGUGCAUACAGUACAUAUACUCAGUAACUAUGUUAACACUUUGGCCUUACCACAGUGUGUGCAUUGUUGUGCUCUGCUCAUUUUGAAUGUGUUCCCUUGUGUGGUAGUCAAUUUGGAGGAUGACCAAAUCUUUUACACAACCAGAGUUAAGGACUUUUUUUGGGGGGGAUUGAAUUGAGCGACAGACAUGAAGAGACAGGCGACAUCGCACCCAGACACACGUUAAUAUUUCUUUUCUGCAAGGUCACCUUCAUAGACAUUUGUGAAGCUGUAGCAAUACACAUAAAUGUGCGUUGUCUACAGGCCAUAUUGUACAUAGUAUCUUAUACAGGAAGUAGCUGAGACCUUUUUCUAUCUACACAUUCCAGUCGGAUGCCUUGACUCAUGUCUUCUCUUUGUCGUCCGAACAAGCGAGGGAGGGAGAGUGAAGGGGUGGUUGUCACGGUGAGGUCUUUGCAGCUCUUGGAAAAUGGUGUCGGCUUUUGUGCAGGCGUUUAGAACCCAUCAGGUCGGGACAGCUUCCUUGGAGGAUGACACAGAGGCGACAGGCUACCUACUGUGAGGAGUAACUCCUCUCUUGAGCUUUUUUUCUUAAAAAAAAAAAAAAAAUGUACAUGACGCCUUAUGACAUUUGGACAUAUUUUGUAGGACAAGUACAAGCAGAGCAGUGUGAGACAAUCCAUGCAUGUGAGACAUGAACAUCGGAAAUACUCAGGCCAACUUUUUUCUGAAGGGAUGCAUUCAAGCUGGAGGGGUCUUUUUCAAGCUUUGUAUGGGGGGUAUGCAGUUACAACUUGAAGUAUCUCUGCAUGCAUACACACACACACACACACAAAAGAUUUUAUUUAGACAAAAUGAAGGAAAAGUUGACCCUCAACAAAGCUGCUCCUGCAUGUGUUCAUGUGGACUACCUAAAAAAAUACUCAAACCUCCUUUGAACAGGGUUUUACUUGCAAUGAGUAUAAAUAUUCAACACCCCGCCUCCCCCCAGUUCCGUAAAUACAUCUACAAUUCAGUUGAAUGACAAAUUACUGCAUUGGUAAAAUUAUAUAUAAAUGUGUAGGUAUAAAGAGUGCACCAAAUCUGUCAAGACAUCAAGGGCGCCUCCCAUGUUUGGUUCUUUUCAGGUCACCCCCCCCCCCCCCCCCCCCCCCACACACACACAGAUUUUCAAUUUCAGGGCUAAUUCCAACAUGUUUGUUUUUUUAUUCUGCUAAAAUCAGUUGCCUGGGGGUUUUGUGCCAAAGAUUUACUUUGGAAUUACGGCCAAAAACAUUCAGAUUUUUAAUUUCCAUAUCUCAUCAAGAGAUUAGAUGCAUUUUUUUCCUCUCCACAUUUCAUUGUUGUUGAACGGUAAAAUCACUGUUGCACACUACGCCUUGGAAAUCAAUGGAAAAUUCUCUUUUGGUCAAAAUGACAAUAUGUACAUUUUUAUUAUUUUAUUCCCUUUUAGCUGCGAAUACCACAGCGAGUCAAUCGCAUGAGAGGCUUUGGCUUGGUUUUUACACCAAUGACCUUCCGGGUACAACCCUGACCUGAAACUGAACCCAUGCCCUCUACCAUGAAGGACGUGUGUACCAUUACACUAUCAGUUCAUUAGUAUUAAAUACAAAUGGAUAAUAUAAUGGAUAAUUAUAAUGGAUAAAUUACCUUGUGUGUAAUGGUAAAUACUGCUUCCUUUCAAGCAAACGGUGCGGGUUCAAUUCCCAGCCAGUGUUACAUCACUCAUGCUAUAGACUUGUAAUAACCCUUGACAGGAUAAGACAAAAACUAUAUGCUUAUUUAUCCAUCUGAGGGAGGGGGGUACACACCAUUUAGUUCAGGAUAUGAGUUUUUUUUUGUACCUUUGUGGUAUAUAUACUGUUAAAAAUGUGGCAUGGGGGGGGCUUUUUGUAUUCCUUCUAUUCAAGUAAUCACGUUACAUCAGCACAGUCAAGGUGGCUUACAAUACAGUAUAAGAUGGAUUUAUUUACGCAAAGGUGAUCGCAUUGGUGUGGGUUUGUCUUUUGGAUAAGCGAGCAGAGGCUUUUUUUUUUAUUAUAAAUGGUUAUUCCUGAUGUACCACUAUCCUAUCCAUUAUUUGGAGUAUUUCCUAGUCAAAUGUGUUUGUUUCACCCAUGACAUGUUGAAUUGAUGAGGAGUAUAUUAUUGUGUAAACGUGCUUUCUUGUUUGCCUUGUAUACAGUGAUAGUGAGGUACAUGCUGUAAAAUGUGUAUUUGGACACGUUGGAACUUAGUGGUUGUCAUUUGGUUUUUGCACUGUCACGUUAAUAUGCACUAACAGCAAAGCAACAUACCUCAUUUUGUAUGGAACACAGCGUGUGCAAAGGGCCCUUCAGGGGUGCCUUUUAAAAGCAGACUAAUGGCCACAAGAGUUAUCUAGACUUGGUAGCAAUCUUACAAGCCAGCUGAAAAUGAGUUUAACAUUGUGAAAAGGGCUGUUUUAAUGUUCUGGCUUUUAAAGAGCAACUUUGCAGAAUUUGUUGCAACAGAUUAUGUCCAGGUUAGUUGAAAACACAACCUAAGUGCUGUACACUUCCGAGCGAGAGACAGACACACGCACACACACACUUUUGUGUUGCAUGGAAAAAUGUUGACAGAAAUGCUUUCUUGGCCAUAGCAACAUGUAUGACCUUUUUUUCUCCAUUUCCUGUUGUAUUCAAACAUGGGAGGUUAACUCAUUUGUGCUGAUAUCAUUUUUCCUCCAUUUACAUCAAUGACCAAAUAAUGUAUGUAGCCUUUCACAUUGCAGUCACAUUAUGUAAAUGGUGAUAUAUAUAUAUAUUUAACUAAAUGCCUUAUAGACGAGGGACAUUCAACCGGAUUAGAAUUACCAAUAAAAGAUUUAAGAGCAAUCACCAGUUGUCAUCCUUUGUAACAAUCAGCAUCAGAUGCUCUAUGGAAGUGUUUCUCAAUUCCCUGUCAUUUUCCACACCAGGAAGAGAAAUGUUUUCACGCGCCCCCCGCUUUAAAAUAUGAGAAACUGAUAUCUAUUCAUUUAUCUGUACUGUACAGACUGAACUUGAAACUGAAAUCAGGAAAAUGCAACAAGUGGAGCGCAUACAAGCGCAUUGAAGAGUAAAAUUGCAUGUUGAGUACUAUGAAUUUGAAACAUUUAAACAUUGAAAGCUUGUCCCCCUAUUUUAGAAGCACUCCUCUAUGGUAACAUGAAAUGUUUUAUUUUGGAUGCUCGAGUCCAACUAAGUAUGAAAGGUAAUGCAGGCAUCUAUGUUACAGCUUUAAAUUCCAGGUUUUUAUAUAAAACAUUCAUUGAUGUGCUACAGAGUGUAAAAUUACCAUUGUACACAUGACUGCCUUCAUUCAAUUGAAAAAUAAAAAAACAAGUUUAAAAAAAAAAGGUAUUUACUAUAUAUUGUGUGACAACUGCGGGAGAAAUGGGGUUGAGAAUGUGACACCAACACUGUCUGUACAAUAUGCUCUGAAAUACAGUUAACUUGCACACAAAUCUGUUGACUGGUUGGUCAGACAGCA